AUGUCUGGAAUUGAUUCCAACGCUCGAAGGGAAGUCAAUAACGCGCUCAUUAGCUCCGGGAACGCCGCCGUGGGACAGAUGGUUGACACUGCCAACUCUUCUAUCGAGAAGCGUCGCAAGAACAAAGAGGAGCGAGAGAAACGCGAGGCUGAAGAGAGGGCAGCUAGGGAGAAGGCAGAAGCCGCUAAGGGCGGUGCAUCCGGCUAG